GAAAGAAGAAAAAGAAAAGCAAAGCUCGGACAACUAAGUUUUUGCCCGGCCGCUUGUGACUGAGUUGUGCUUUUUCAUUCUAGAAACUUCGAAUUGCAAAACAAGUACAAGAUGGCAGGCGGUGGCAGCAGUAGUUCCAGCUCGAGCCCACCAGUGCCUCUCUUGUUCAAUGAGGACAAUCCCCUGCGGGUGGCACUGGUUGGGCUCGGUCGCAUGGGGGACAUGCGCUUGGAGGAGCUAGCGAGGAGGCCGGACAGCAGGCUGGCAGCCAUCGUCGAUGUCAAUCACGAAUUGGGGUCGAAGCGGGGGAAGAAGCACUCGGUUCCGGUUUUUGAAACGCUGACCGCCGUUUUGCGGGAUCCGAAAGUGGAGUUUGACGCGGUUUGGAUUUGCGUGCCGACGCCCUUUCACAUGGAGGUCAUACUGGUUGCUUUGGAAAACAAGAAGCACGUGGCCGUGGAGAAACCGGUCUGCAGCAACGCCGAAGACAUCCGGAUUUGCUACGAGACGGCGGAUAUCCUGUGAAAAUGUCUCGUACUCGUAGUAAUUGCAUUUCUGCAUUACAAAUCCCCUUUUCAAGGUAAAUCAGGAUUACAAAUUAAAUUUGUAAUGCUGGGCUAAUUUGUCACGCAAUUUAUACUAGUGCGAUGCUUUUGCAUUGCAUAGCGGAACAGCACGGAGUCCAUUUGUUCUGCUCGUUUCAGCGCCGGUUUGACCCCAGCUAUCAGAAGGUGAGUUUUUUUGUUAUUUCCCCCGCGAUAAAGGUUUAUACUCUUUUCAUGCUACAGCGGUGCAUGGAUAGGCGCACGUUGAGACGUGGAAGGUGUUGUAUAUGCUUAUCAUAACAUUAAUGAAUCCGAAUCCCUAGGUCGCUUCCCUUGUCCGCUCGGGCGAGCUAGGCGAGCGCAUGGUCACAAUUCACACCGUGUUCCGCGACUACCCCUGUCCGAGCAUCGAGUUUAUGAAGCAGGGCGGCUGCCCGUUUCACGACCUGGCGGUGCAUGAUAUCGACUUUAUUCGGUCAAUUCUCGACGAGGAUCCAGUAGAAAUCUACGCGACGGGGCAGUCGGUAACUAAGGAACUGGAGUCGCUGAAUAUCCACGACACGGCUUCCAUCACCAUGCGCUACAAGAGCGGAUUGGUAGUCUAUAAGAUUUUUGCAUGAGAGCUUUUCGGGGAAGAUGCCGAUAAUGGAUGCUACUAAAUCUGCCCCGGGUAAUUUUCGGCAAAACUAACACCAACUUCAGGUUGCUUUUCUCGAGUUUUCCCGCCUCUCCGCUUACGGCUACGACCAGCGGUGUGAGGUUUUCGGGAGCAACGGCAACUGCGCACGCGUGGACUACCCGAGGCAGACGUCCUACACGCUCGCCACCACCGCAGGGCACAUUGAAGACGUGGGCAGCGUUUCGCCGAUAGAGCGCUUUCGCACGGCCUACGCGAACGAAGUGGCUAGUUUCCUGGCGACGUGCAACGGUAUUAAGUGAUGCUGGGGCAGGUGUGUUCGUUGCGGUCAUGCGAAGGUAAAAAAAUGACAAAGAUCUCCAGUAAUAUGCACAGGCUAGAUCACCGCUCUCGAAAGAAAUCGUACAGGUACGAAGUCCGAGAACAAGGUAAGUCGAAAGGAUGCAAUGCUCGCGACGAUGCUAGCGGAAGCCGCUCGACAAAGUUGCCAUUACAAGCGGUCCAUUUUCCUUACCUACUACGACGACGACGUUAUCCACUUCAGUUUCACCCGGGGAUCCGACCCGAGCGGAGUUGGACAGCGGGGAGCGCCAACCAAUGGGUUGACGCAUUCGCUAUUAACGUCGUCGAAGCUGUGACUUACCGGCUCCAAUAACCAGAUAAGAUUUUUUGAUUUUAGUUUGUGUGAUUUUUGUCGUUUCCGGUGGGUACAAGCUUUUUGCUGAGGUCCUUUUUGCUAGUGCCACACAAGUUUGCGCCGAGACCGCCGGCUUCUAUUGCGUAAUAAUGAAUGUUUACGGUGGCGAAAGCUAGGAGAACAGAUGACCGGUUUUUCGCAGAUCGUGUUUCGAUGAAAGUGAACGUCACGAAUAAGAUUUUGUCAACUCAUCGAGCGCAAUGCAGACUGUGGGUGACCCGAAGAAAAAUCUGAUAGGUAGUCAUAUAUCACCACAGGGUGGCGUGCGGAGAG